AUGAGCUCAUUCCUCCACCUGAGCAGGCCGGUGAUCCACGGCGGCUUCACGCUGUGGCUGCGCGACGCGUGCGACCAGAACGUGUCGCCGCCGGCCGGUGGCCUUAAGGCUUGGGCCGGCGCCGCGGAGAUCAUCGCGGCGGCCGCCCGAGGCAGCGCACAGAACCUGGCCACUUUCGGCUCGAACGGGCGCGCAGACCUGACGGAGCUGAGACUCAACUCGCUCAGCGCGCCGGCCUUCGACACCUCGCUGACGCUGCACUUUGAGCUGCAGCCGCCGCUGCCGGGCGUCGCCCUCCCGCCUCCGCUGCGCGUCAAGUACUCUGACCUCAAGAGCCUCAACGCGCGGGAGCAGGAGAGGCGCGCGCAGCAGCGGCAGCAGGCGGAGGCGCAGGCUCGGCUGCAGGCCGAGAAGCUGCACGCGCUGCAGGAGCUGAGCGAGCACUUCGAGCGGGCACGCCAGCAGCUGAGCGCCGAGCCGGCUCAACCAGGCGGUGACGCAGUGCAAGGUGGCGGGAGAAAAGUUGAAGAAGUGGGCGAACUGGUGCGCGCCGCUGUUGCCGGGAGCGGCGGAGACGGCACCGACAAACACUGGCUGCAGGCCUUCUUGCAAGGCCUCGGCACGGCUUGGGCGGACCUGGCAGCGGUGGAGGGUCUGGCGGGCCAUCGCAGGGCAGAGACGUCGCUGCUGGCGCGCUCGGGCUUGCGCGACAGCGAGCAGGCCUUUGCUCGCGAGGCGGAGGCGCAGCCGCACUCGGGGCUGCUCGGUGUCGUCGCGCAGCUCUUCGAGGUUCAAAACGUCGGGGACGAGGCCGUGUCUCGCACCCUUGCCGGCCUCCUCUCGACGCUGACGCGGCGCGACCUCUCGUCCCUCCUCUGCCGCACCUACCGCGCCGCGCAGCUAGUCGCGCAGCAAGCCCGCCAGCGGCAGCUGAAGCUGUCGUACAGGAACAUCCCCGAGCAACCCUACCGGGGGGCCAACAGCAUGGGGCCGCCUGCAAUGAAUGGCGUGCCGUUCGCCAUGCUGCCCGACGCGCAGCAGCGGCGGGAGCUCCUCAGGGCGUUCAUCAUCACCGAGCUGAGGGAGACGAUCGUGGUGCGGUCCAAGAACGACGCGGAGCUGUACAUGCAGGGCCUUGCCCGGAUGCUCAACACGAGCCUCGGGCCGGCGCACUUUGGCGUCGGGCAGAGCGAGGUCGUCGGCUGGGACCGCGCGAUGGGGUCGCUCGCCAGCGAGCUGCGCACCGUGCGCGGCGAGAUCGAGAAGUGGCGGAACACCAUGGCCCUCCACACAAACGCGAUGGAGCAGCUGCAGCAGCAGGCGUUGCGGCAAUACGGCACCAGGCUGCCGCUCCCGCAGCAGCCCUCCGACGGCCGCACGCGGAAGCGCGCCCGCCCGCCCGAGCCCACGCCGAGCGGCGCAUACCCGCCCGGCGGCGGCGGCUCCUCUCACAGCGGCAUCCUCCGCGAGGACCUCGACUGA